GAGCAGACGCAGUGUGGCUUCAGACGCCGUAGAGGGAGGUUGUGUCUGUAGCUGCUGGCGUUUCUAUUGUGGGUAUAUGACCACUUGCUGCGUUGGAUAUUGUGCGAACUAUUUACAGAACAACAACAGACUUUUGAGUACUUGUGUGAGACCUCUUUAUAAAGUCUGUGCAGGCUGACUUAAUAUAUUCACACAUCUUAAAGAGACGGUUGUGGGAAUUCAGACUGAGUGUGGUGGUUUGGCCUGGGUGUGAGGCCAGGCUAGACUGAGGUGCAUCGGUUGUAUGAAGAUGACGGGAACAGUAAGGAGAGUAACGGCGGUGCUGCUGUUGUCCGUGGUGUGGCAGGUCUCUGGUCAAGAUGAAGGUGGUACGUGCGUGUGGUAUGGACAGUGUGGCCAGAACCCAGACGCUAGCGGUGGUCAUAUGGCCAACUGCCCGUACACAGGGCCCCCCAAGCCCAUGGACCCCAUUACCCAGGGCAAACUUGCCUCCCUGUGCCCAGAGUUCGUCGCUGCCAUCACUCCAUCUGAUCCAGCUGCCAAUAUUAGCACUUGCUGUGACCCAGAUCAGGUCACUACAUUGAACCAGCAGAUGGCUACGGGGCUGGGCCUUCUCCAGCGAUGUCCAUCCUGCGUGAGGAAUUUCCGUCAGCUAUUCUGUCACAUGACAUGUAGCCCUCACCAGAAUGACUUUAUGUUUGCCAAAGUAAUAAAAAAUGCUACUGACACAAAAAAGCCAGUCAUCACCACACUGGCAGUACAUGUCACUGAAGAAUUUGUAGAUGGAGUGUACACUUCCUGUAAGGAUGUUGCCAUGCCAUCGGCCAAUGAGAAAGCAAUGUCUAUAAUGUGCGGAAAGUGGGGGACAUACUACUGCACAGGAGAACGCUGGUUUAACUUCAUGGGAUCGGUGGCCAAUUCCUUUGCACCAUUUCAGAUUGAUUAUAUCUACAAAGAAAGUACAAACACAACAUUUAAACCAUUUAAUGAGACUAUCACUCCUUGUAGUGCUGCCAUAUCUAAUGACUCCCGAGCCUGCAGCUGUUUGGACUGUGAAGCCUCGUGCCCCCAGCCGUCCCCUCUCCCCCCACUACCACAGCCCUUCACUAUAUAUGGGGUUGACGGGCUAGAGGUGGUCAUGGCGCUGGUGUUCUUGCUCAUCACGUCAACGUUUCUCACUAUUUACGUGUGUCAUUCGUGUCGCUCUCAGAGUAUUGAUAUUUCAAUCGAUACCCCUACUGGACCAUCGUGGGCCGAGGAGCCGAGCUGUUUAGAGAGAGCCGGGUCCUGGAUAGACGACGCUUUGCAAAAAUUCUUCACAGCUUGGGGUACAGUUUGUGCCGAACACCCCUGGACUGUGCUAAUAGUGGGACUUCUGGUAUCAGUCGGCCUCUCCGUUGGCAUCAUCUUCCUGAAAGUGACCACAGAUCCGGUUGAGCUGUGGGCGGCUCCAAAUUCCAGGUCGCGCAUCGAGAAGGAAUUCUUCGACAAGAACUUCGAACCAUUUUACCGCACGGAGAUGCUCAUCAUCCGUCCCGUUGGCAUAGGCUCGGUCUCUCACCAAACUCCCGAUGGCCAAGAGAUGUGGGGUCCAGUAUUCAACAUGACAUUCCUACAAGAGGUGCUCAAACUACAGAACCAUAUCACCGGAAAUAUAUUGGGUAGGGUUAACAAGGAGGAAGUUUCCCUGCAGGACAUCUGCUUCAAGCCGCUCUCACCUACCAACAACAACUGCACCAUCCAGAGUGUGUUAAACUACUUCCAGAACGACCCGGGCAAUCUGAAUAUCUCCUCGGAAGAUGCAUUCGGACACGAGGUCAAUUAUCUCAACCAUCUGGAUUCUUGCUUCAGGAACCCUGUAUCACCUAUUGAAGAACAAUUAGGAAUUCCUUGUCUUGGUGAAUAUGGUGGUCCUGUCUUCCCCUUCAUUGCCUUGGGAGGAUUCUUGAAUGGAUCACAGGACCUUGGGGCCAAUCCUCCAUACAAGAAUGCCACAGCUCUUGUUAUUACCCUGGUGGUCAAUAACUUCUAUGACAAGGACAAGAUUGCGGAAGCUAUGGCCUGGGAGGAAGCAUUCCUCCAGUUUAUGAAGAAUUUCUCUCACCCCAUGAUGGACAUCGCUUAUACUGCUGAGCGAGCAAUCCAGGAUGAACUGAAGCGCGAAAGCGAGGGCGACAUCAUAACUAUCCUCAUCUCGUACUGCAUCAUGUUCGCUUAUAUCGCUCUGGCCCUCGGGGACUUCACUCGCUGUAGUCGUCUUCUGGUGGACUCCAAGAUCACUCUCGGCCUCGGUGGUGUGCUCAUCGUGCUUAUCUCUGUCUCGUCGUCCGUUGGUUUCUAUGGUUACAUCGGCGUCCCUGCCACUCUUAUUAUCAUUGAGGUUAUUCCCUUUUUAGUUUUAGCUGUUGGUGUUGACAACAUGUUCAUCUUAGUUCAGACAUACCAGCGAGAAUCUCGUCGACCAACAGAGACGCGUUCAGAUCACAUUGGUCGCGUCGUUGGGCAGGUGGCGCCUACCAUCCUACUUGCCUCGUGCUCGGAGGCUGCUUGUUUCUUUUUAGGAGCGUUGUCGGGCAUGCCAGCUGUACAUGCCUUCGCUCUCUAUGCUGGGUUGGCUCUCACUAUCGACUUCCUUCUACAAGUGACGUGUUUUGUCUCGCUUGUGGCUCUCGACGCUAAGAGACAGGAAGAAAACAGGUUUGAUAUCCUGUGUUGUGUCAGAGGCUCGGACAAAGAGGGAACAUCUCAAGAAGGAUCAUUACAGAAGGUGUUCAAGUAUGUUUACACCCCAGCGCUUCUCUCGCGCGUCGUCCGGCCCGCCGUGAUGAUCGUGUUCUUCGGGUGGUUCUGCUCCAGUAUUGCCGUUUUACCCAAGAUUGUCAUUGGUCUCGAUCAAGAACUUUCAAUGCCUGAUGACUCCUACCUUCAGAAAUAUUUUGUUUACCUGAGUGAAUUCCUGAGUGUGGGACCACCUGUUUACUUUGUACUUAAAGGAAAUUUCCACUUCAACAAUUUCUCCGAACAAAACAAGAUUUGUGGCACCGUUGACUGUAACUCGGACAGUUUGUCAACUCAAGUGUAUAUUGCUUCUCUCCUUUCCAACAGAACCUUUGUUGCUCAGCCAGCAUCAUCAUGGCUCGACGAUUACAUGGAUUGGUCUCUGUUUAACAUAGACGGUGAAGCUGGUAACCCCUGUUGCCGUGUCAGAGAAGACGGCUCCUUCUGUCCAGCGAGUUCAUAUGACGAUUGUGCACAUUGUAACAUAAGUGUGAUAGAUGAUGGACUACGACCUGAUCCUACCUCUUUCAUGGAGUAUUUGCCCUUUUUCCUGGAAGAUGUACCCUCCGAGGACUGUCCUAAGGCAGGUCACGCGGCAUAUGGACAAGCAGUUAACAUCAUCACCAACCCUGAUAAUGAGACGAGUGUUGGCGCCAGUUACUUCAUGACAUAUCACACCAUCUUGAAGUCAUCGCAUGACUAUUACGCAGCUCUCGAGUGGGCCAGAGACAUCUCCCAGAACAUCACGAUGACCAUAAACAAAGGCUUAGAGCAGCCUCAGUAUGAAGUGUUCCCAUACAGUGUCUUCUAUGUGUUUUACGAGCAGUACCUUACAAUGUGGGAAGACGUGUUGAAAUCUCUGGGCAUCUCCCUGGUCACUGUGCUUCUGGUGAGCAUCGUCCUCUCUGGCCUGGACGUGGCCUCGUCCUGCAUGGUCAUCAUCACCAUCAUGAUGAUCCUCGUCAACCUCGGUGGGCUCAUGUACUGGUGGGACAUCUCCCUCAACGCAGUCUCGCUGGUCAACCUCGUUAUGGCUGUGGGUAUUUCAGUGGAGUUUUGCAGUCACAUUACUCAUGCGUUCUCCCUCUCUAUGGAAGAAACCAGACUACAACGGGCAAAAGAUGCACUCAUCACUAUGGGCAGCUCAGUUCUGUCGGGCAUCACGUUCACCAAGUUUGGUGGCAUCAUUGUACUAGCAUUCGCCCAUUCAAAAAUCUUCAAAGUUUUCUAUUUCCGCAUGUACCUGGGCAUCGUACUGUUUGGUGCGGCACAUGGUUUGAUAUUCCUGCCUGUCAUACUCAGCUUCUUUGGGCCGAAGUCCAACAGGUGCCGCAUACAGAAACGUCAGUGGAGUCGUAUUGCGGAGAGCUUCCACGGCUCCAUGUCCCUGAACGAAGAGGUGCCUGACCUGCAGCAUCCCAUCAACAUUUCCGCUGUAGACACUCACAUAAUACAGCCCGACAUCCAUCCCAGCUAUGGAGGCACAGACAAUGAGGCAUUUACUUGAUUAGAUUAGUGAGACUAUGGCAAAAGAUGUACAUAUGGUUAUACUUGAGAUGUUGAUGUGUAAAUGAUGUCUUGGUAUUGUAUUGGAUCUGACACUAUAUAUUGGUUUAUGGCUAACUGCUGGAGGGAGGUGUAAAUUUUCAUCUGGGUUAAAAUAUAAAAAAUUUUGUCGAGUACAGUAUAGUGUUGGCUUCAUGCUGUACUUUUUUGAUGGGGUAAAAUGUUCAGCUUUUUAAAUGGAUGAGUAAAAUUGGUUAUAAUAUUCUCUACCCAAUUGAGGAAAGUUUUAAUUAUCAUAUAUUGAAUAAGUGGCCAGUAUAGUAUCUUUUCUGUACUUGGUUAGUGGUUAGUAUUUAUACAGUAGCCAAGUCAAGUUUUCAUAACCCCUAAAUAUUUAUUAUAACAAGCUGUCUUCUGUGUUGCUAAAAGUAUCCAGCUUAGGAUAGAGCAAGAAAUUUUUUCUUUGGAUGUUAAUAGACUAAUAGAUUAUUUUAGUCAUUGUUGUGAAGAACAGAUGAUAGAUCCAGCAAGAAAAACGUCUCUGUAUUGUAAUAUUUAUAGGGCAACCUUCAGUAUACUUUAGGACCAAACAUAACUUCUGAAUGGUUACCAGGAAACUGACACUGUACUUCUUGCUGGUUCUCAAGUUUUAUAAGUUCCAUAUAUAACUUCCAUACUUAUGUACAGCCAGAACCUAGGUGAAGGUGUGGGCUAAAUAUCAUGUUUUUAUAGAACCAAAUACUGUUCAGUAGAAUCCCGGUUAUCCGAAGUCCAGGCAAUCAGCAGAUUCAACCAACCGGCACCAAGAUGAAAAAAAAAUAAUAAUAAUUCCUCCAAAAUCAGCUACAGUUGUAAGUUUGAAUACCACAAAGAAU